CAUGUUGACCUCCACGUAUUCCUUGAAGUCUAUCCCUUUUCAAGAGCUGGCCAGAAAAUCGUAUAGUAAAUGGCAUGUUCACAAUGUUACUAGUACUGAAAUCUCUGGAAGGAAGAGAACCAAAGGAGUCAAAUCAAACUUUUUUGGUAUUGAGGUGCUGGAGAAUUUGGAAUGGCUGGACUGGGACCUGGGAAUAGAAUCCACCAAACACAUAAUAUUAAAGAAUGUUCAGUUCAAAACUCAGAAACUCAAGUACAGGCCCCCAUCAACUAAAUUCUUCACCACGCUAUUCCCACAGGCAGUGGUCUUGAGUCCAGGGACUUCAUACUCUUUGCCAGUCACUUUCUGUGCUGUUGAGAAGCAAGACUACGAGGACCGGAUUGUGUUUGAGACAAAAGGUGGCACAUUUUCUAUUUUCCUGCGAGCUUCUCUGCCCUACCAUGAUGUACAGUUACCUGAUCUGGUGUGCCUGCCAAUCUGUGCCACCUUUGAAACCUCAGAGACCACAUUUCUCUUGCGAAACAAUAGUAAGCUUCUGACGCCGUUCCGUUUGGAAGUACAAAAUCCAUUCUUUUUAAUACCGAAUAGUGGCAUCUUGACACCAUGGGGUGACUGCAAGAUCAAGAUCGUGUUCAAGCCCCAUACCCCCAAUGUGUUUGACAUAAUUGCCACUUGCAUAUUUGGUGAAAAUGAGCAUGAGAAGUAUAUGAAGCUGCAAGGUAUAGCCAAGUUCCCUCACCUCCUGAUUAGUGUGCCAGGUGAAGUGAACCAGAUGUCUGGGCAGGACGACAUGCACAGCAGCCUACAUUUUGGACACGUUGCUGUUGGCAGCACAGCUGAGAAGUACAUGGAGAUUCACAACUACUCAAUAGUAAACACAUCGUUCAGAGUCGUGCACCUCCAGCAAGCUGUCCCGUUUCAAUCCGAAUUCGCGUGUGAGGUUACGGAGGGUACAGUCCUGGCCUUCAGCAGACUCCAGAUCCCCAUCAAGUUCACGCCGCAGACCGUCGGUGCUCUGAGCGUUGAUUACUUCCACAUAACGCGGCCUGACAACAGCUCCAGGUCUCUGCUGAAGGUGACCGGUUCGUGCAAAGGCCCAGUGGUGUCACUCUCAGACCUGAAGCUGAAUUUUGGUUGUGUGUUCCUCAGUGAUGUCCUGACUUACACAAUGGAAAUCAGUAACACGUCAGAUGUACCAACAUUUUACCAAUUUGAAAUUGACUGCAGCCAAAGUGUGUUUGUCAUUGACCGACCAUGUGGCUUCUUGGGAGGGGAGUCAACAGAGACGCUAAAGGUGACAUUCCGACCCAGCCAUCCCAUGAACUACUACAGAAGAGUAGCUUGUCUCAUCCACCAUCAGGAUCCUUUGUUUCUGGAUUUAAUUGGUACUUGCCACUCAGACCAGGUGACACCAGCGAUUCUAAUGUCAAAACACCUAGAGCUGUACUGUACCAACAUGAUGCGUGGACUGACCUUCUACCCACCAGACAUACUGGCGAUGAUGCUGCAGGAAGGCAAGCUGCAGCUUGAUGCCGAUGGUGCCCUGGUGUUGGUUGCUGAGAAAUGCUGCAAGUCCAUAGAGCUGGGUAGUAAUGAGGAUUCUCCGGAGGCACCUGCCUCAUUUCCCAACAUCCCUUCAAUCAAUGAGUACUUCGACGAUAGCAUCCAAAGCAGUCUCACCAUGUUUCCACCUCAUGUGUCUGUCAACAAGAGAGAGUUUAAUUUCGGGAAUUGUCUGGAGCUCGACCGGGUUGUGCCUCUGCCCCUUUCCAUGACGAACCACACAAAAGGAAAGAUCACGGUUCUUUGGGUGACCCCACCAGGCAGCGUCUACACCGUGAUGCCUCAGACCAUUGACAUCCCCCCCUUGAAGAAUAUGGCUUUCCGCAUCCAUUUUGCACCUGUUAAGUUCAACAUGUUGUAUGCAGCUGAACUAGAAUGCUUUGCUUAUUAUAAGGUGAUGCGUGAUCAUUGUUUGGUAGAAGACAAGAUCUUUUGCCCUCCGUGGUUCCUCACAGUACGUGUGCAAGCGAAUACGUUCCAACCAGGGCACGAGCACUUCAUUCCCAACUUCACCCUUGACUCUCCUGAAGUGCCGCUGUCUGUAAGGACCUACAGGACCCUCCUGCUGAAGAAUACAGGGGAUACACCCAUAACCUUUUCCUUCCCUUCACCACAUGAAACUGUCAUUAGAAUUAAACCAAACUUUGGUUUUGUGCUCCCGAAUUCCCAUCAGAUAUUGACACUGAAGGCAUCUCCCCAGAAUGAGAGCCUUACCAAGUACACACUGCCAUUACAUCUUAAUGCCUCAGAGAAGUACAUUCAGGAAAUCAGAUUAUUUUGCACUGUUGAAAAGCCACUCGUGACUCUGGACGGAAAUGGGUAUCUGUACUUUAAGCCGACAUGCAUAGGCACCUUAUCAGAGCGAUCCUACUUCAUUAAGAACGUGACACGGAUGCCACUGUAUUUUCAGUGGAAGAUAUCAGCAGCUGGUUCCAAGGUUCUGUCUGUCAGACCAACCUUUGGGAUCAUCCAGGCCAAUGAAUCUUUGGCUGAGAAAGAACAUAUACACUUGGGAGACAUCCUGGUUGGCAAUACUCAGUCAGGUGACCUUGUACUGCUGAAUAAUGAACCAUGCUCUUUAAACUUUGCUCUCAGUGUCAAGCAGGAUAUCACAGGACUAUGUGACCCCGAUGUUGUUGUGAAUGAUCCAAUGGGUAAGUGCGGAGAUAUGGGAUAUUACUCGUUACAACCUAUGGGGAAACAGACCUUGGAAAGGUUUGUCGCACGGCCUGUUCGAAGACUUCGUUAUACUUGGACAAUUAGCUCCAAGAUUCUAUCUGCUAAAGAGGCCAAUGCAGGCAAAGAGGAAAAACCUUUAUGUUCUGUGACAGCAGAUGGUGUGUAUCCAAUGAUAUUCAUCUCAGAUGCUCGUUGUCUGGGGAGCAUUAGUGGCAUCAGCAAACAGCAGCUUUGGCGGCUCUUCUCACUCGACCUACUCAAUGAAUACCUGCAGCGUGAUCCCACUGAAGGCGAGCUGUUGUACCGGGUGCCAACCAGACAUAGUACAGCCCGAUGCCCCCCCGUGUCAACCCCAGUAAUGGUGGAUUUCAACUUUGGAGCAGCACCCGUGUGCUCAGAUCCUUCUAUUGUUCUACUAAUGCUGGAGAACAGGGAGAUCUUGCCUGUUGACUGGGCAUUCCUAUUUCCAGUGGACCAACAGCUGGAUCUGGAAUACUGGGCAGAGACGGGAGAAUUCAACCCCACUGAGCUGCAUGAGAUGAGAAUCGAGGACAAUCGGCUCUUUACUGUGGAGCCAAAAUCUGGAUGUCUGUAUCCUGGGCAGCGAGAAGCUAUUCAACUCACUUACAGACAUGAAUUUAUGGGAACCGAUCGCAUUCCUGUUCUCCUGAAGCUUUCCCAUGGUCGUGAAAUUCUGUUAAAUUUCAUUGGUAUCACGGUGCCCAAAGACCGCUGCUAUGUCCACUUUCUUGCCACUCAGCACAGGUUUGCACCUGUUUGUAUCGACACUUCCCACCCACCCAAACAGAUCUACGAGCUAUAUAACGGUGGCUCAGUGCGAGUGAUUUAUGACAUCCAGCUGGAUUCUUUGAAAAGCAUUCAGGCAGAGAAUUAUAAUCAUCCAAUCUUUCAGUGUCUGAAUCCUCGUGGAGAAAUCAAGUCAGGGAUGACUGCUUACAUUGAGUGGAUUUUCUCACCACUGGAGGCUAAAUCCUAUUCGGUGAAUAUCCCCAUCCACAUCCUUAAUGGAGACUCUGCCCUGGUGACCUUCACAGGUAUUGGGUAUGACAAGCGCAUCUUAGGCACCUGUGCUUCUUUCAAUGAUCCAUCUUCAUACUUUGGAGCCCCAGCUGUACAACGAGCACCCGUCCUUGGGCAGCUAAUGUUCAUGUCAGAAGAGCGGAUUUCUUUUGGGAAUAUUCCUGUCUUCACCAAAAGUAGCCGCAUCAUCUUCCUGUACAACGUUUCUGAGACAGAAGUCAUCACUUACAGUUGGCAUUCGACAUCAGUGCACGUCAGUGAGGUAUUGAGUAUUGCUCCUGUCUCUGGACUGCUUCAUCCUGGGGACAGCACACAUUGUAUUGUCACACUGAGGGCACAUAUAACUCCUUGCUUCUAUGACCUGGAUCUCAUUUGUGAGGUUUAUUCUAAGCGACAGGUAACACAGUACCAGAAGGAACUCCAGGAAUGGGAAAAAGAAAAGGAUCGGCAACAGGUCGAAUUCACAAUCACGGAACAGAGCCUACAGGAAAACCAAAACUUGACUUUCCAAAGACAGUGUUGCAGAGAUCUUCAAGGAACUUGUUCUCGGAAGAUGCGCAAGGAUACAGAUGCAAAGAUUAUGAAGUACAAGACCCUCCCUCCAAUCAAGGAGCUCACAGAAACAUGGGAAGGUAGAAAUGUUGAAAAGCUACCACCUGGAAUGUGGGAGAAACCAAAACCACCAAAACCCUUUUUGCUUCACCUGGGAGUCACUGCCAGAGCUCACUCCAUGGAGGAAUUUCACAAGAACUUCCCAUCUGAUGUUCCUAAACACUACAUCAUGAGAAACCUUAUUUCAAAGCCACUCUCAGCCAUUUCACAAGCUGGAAGCAUUGGGAGACCUUGGGGCAAGUGGUCGAGUACCAACACUGACUCACUGAGUUCAGCUUCAAAAGAAGACAUGAGACUUACAACUGAUGUCAUUGUAACAGUUCUGAGGUGUCUGUUGGAAGAUGUCUCCUUUCAACAUGUGCUGGUUGCUCAAACUGCCGAACCCAUCCCAUAUUUUGCACAGUUCUGGAGCGAGGAAGGUGAAGAGCUGGCCAUAAAGAAUGGAAAGCUAAAAGACACUGAAGCUUUGAGUGCAGGCACUGAUGGUGAAGAAGAACAGGACAAAACCCAACUGAUGGGAGCUGAAGAAGAGUUGAGCUCGACUGCUCCAGAGAGCUCAGAUGUCAAGCAGACCAUAGAUCAGGACAGUGUUCAACUGGAUGAAAAAUGGUUCACAGAAGAAGGGCAAGAGUCCCUAAAUGCCAUUCGCAUCGAAGAGCAGCUUGCACGAAGGCAACACCUGAAAAGACUCCCUGAGUUCUGCGACCUCUUGGAGCAGAUUCUGGAGAACACGCUGCAGAAUAUAGUGAUCGAAGCCAGCAGGGGAGAGGUGGUCCUUACAGCUCGGCCCAGGGUGAUCGCCCUGCCUCCUCUGGUCUCCAGUACACAAGAUGUUGAAAUUAAUGCACACGAGAUUUCAGAGAUUAAGAUCGAACCAGACCACGCCAGCCCCAAAGUUUCAAGUGUGCCUGAAGUAAAGAGGCCAGUAUCCCUUGAUGUCCUGAAACUGCUGUCUGCAUCCUACAGUGGGAUCCCAAGCAAGAGUUGGCUGAAUCUUGGCGAAUUCAACAAAAGCCAGACCUCACUCACCUUCAGUGCAGUCAGCAGCCGUACCAUCUGA